CCCCGCGUGCUACUGUCCCCCGCCCAGCCCUGAUGGCUAGCUUGGACGCGUCGCUUGUUUUGGCGGCCGCCCGCCCGCUGAGCUACUGCGUAGCUGGAAGAAAGAGGCAGUCUCCAAGCACUGCAGCUUGAAGGCCCAGGAGAGCUUAUAAGGGCGCGAUCCGAAAGAAGCCAAAGGUAGCCCUUAAACGGACGAAAAGGCAACAGAGUCUGACAGAUUUUUUUCAACAAGAAACCAGUUAUAUCAGAAUUGGCCAUGGAUGCUACAAAACAGUCACAAGCACAACCACUCCAACUUGAAGAAAGCAGCAAGAUGAAUGAAAACCACUUACGUAUUACUUGUAGAGUAUUCAAUAUAGUUUACAGUGUGGCACAAAGAUGCAGACCACUUUCUGACGUAGAAAGUAACAUAGAAUUGCACAUUAAAAAUGGACUAGAUCUGGGAAUAGGAUUGCAUUCACGUGAAACUGCAGUGAAAAUAGUUGAUUUCAUUGCAAAAGAAAUGAAAACCAAAUUGUUUACUAAAAUUAUUGAAAAGAAUCUGAAAAUAUGUUUGAUCAUUGACGAAGCUCCAAUGAUCGCUUGCAAGCCAGUUGUGAUACUUUUCAUAAAAGUUGAGGAUUCAGUUUUCUCACCAACAAUUUUCCUUGAGCUAGUUGAAUUGGAAAAACAAGAUGCAGAGACAAUAUGUUCUUCAGUUAUGGAAAGUUUAAAUAAUGUUGGACUUACUAAGAACUACCUAGAAAAAAACUUAAUAGGAUUUUGUUCCGAUGGUGCCAGCGUUAUGCUUGGGAGAAAAUCUGGAGUGAGCACUAGGAUAGCAAAAGAGUUUCCAAACAUCAUAAUAUGGCACUGUUUAAACCAUCGCCUCCCUCUUGUUUUAGAUGAUUCAAUAAAGGAAAUAAAGGAAGUAAAUCACUUUAAAAUAUUUAUUGAUAAGAUAUAUACUAUUUUUCAUUGCUCCUAUAAGAACCAAAUUGAACUUAGCGAAAUAUCUGACCAACUUGAAAUUGAAAUGAUAAACAUUGGUACGGUUUUGGGAACAAGAUGGGCCGCCUGUAGUUUAAGGUUAACACUAGCUGUGUGGCAUGCUUAUCCAGCACUACAUCAUUAUUUUUGUUCAAAUGAAAAGUACUUGGGUAUGGCUGCCCGUCUUGAAAAUAUAUAUUUUAUAACAGAUUUGGCAUUGAUGAUUGACAUUUUAAAUGAGAUUUCUCUUCUUUCGAAUGCACUGAAAGCAAGUAAGAUAGACAUAAUAAGGGCUGAAAAACUUGUGAUAAGAUCUAUUACAGCAUUUCAAAUGCUUAUAAAGAAAAAGGGUAUAUACGAAAAAAAAGUUGAUGAAUUAAUUACUUCAGAAACCUUCAAAAAUAUAAAAUUUGUAGAAAAUCAUCAAUUUGUCGGGCUUCCUCGGGAAAGACUUUUAGAAAACAUUGUAACAAAUUUGCAAAAAAGACUAAUGGAUUGUGAACAUUUAAAAGGAAGUUGUAGCCAAUUUCAUGAUAGGAGUAAAUUACAAUUUCUCAAUUUUUUGGAGCCAGAUUACUGGAAUGUUAAAGAAGUACUAGUUCCAUGGAAAGCAGCUGAAGAACAAUUGCUGGUAUUUAAUGAUAUUUUUCAUUACCAAAUUGAUAUUAAUGAUUAUCGAGAUUUUGUGAGAAACAUUUUAAAAAAUUCCCAGAACUAUGCAAUUCCUGGAAGUGUUCAAAAAGCUAAAAAUAUUGUCAGAACAAUUGCUGUAAGUUCAGCAGAAGCAGAAAAUGUUUUUUCCAGGAUGAACAUAAUAUGUUCAGAAAUGACAAAUUGUCUAACUGUUUCUAAUGUAUCAAACACGAUAACUAUUAGUCAAAUCGGCCUACCUCUAGGGGAAUGGGAUCCUACUCCUACAGUGAAAAAAUGGUUAAGGAUAAAUCACACAGAUGCUGCUUGGAUUGCAAGUGAGGACGCCAAUCAAGAAGUAAUAUGACAAUAUUUCACAUAAGUUUUAUUGUUUGUCAGUUAUGUAAUAUUUUUCCUUAAUAUUUUAAAACUUAUAACAGUAUAGUUUUGUGUACCUCUUUUAUUCUUAAGUAUUAAAUGCAUGAAACUAUAAACUACCUUUGGAUAUAUCUUUUUUUAUAUUUAAAAAGGUCAUUAGGGCAGAGAACUGAUAGUUAUAGUAUACCCUCUAUAAU